AUGACAAAUGAAGCAAUUGACUAUCUCGUCGAGCCUUUAACAGGUCUAGACGUUUUGACAAAAGAUUACGUUCUAGAUGUUCGCUUUAUCAUCACUGGCUUAUUGGACUCUGACAAAUUGCUAAAAGGUUUAUAUGAUGUAAUUACGCAAAAGUGGCCAGUGAUGGGCUCUAGAAUUGCCUCAUUACCGCAAGGUAGAUUCGAGAUGCGUAUUCCGAAAACAUUCUGUGAUUCACAGCCACCGCUUCAUUUUGAUACAUAUGAAGCGGCAGAAGAAGUUGCAAUUGCCGAUUGUUUCAAUCGAUUACCAGAAUUGGAUGCGUUGGAUAUCAAGACCGAAUCUGACUUGAUUGCAUUUGAAUCAUUUAUGCUUACAAAGCCUCAAGCGUACAAAAAACUCAAACGUAAAAUACCUUCUAGUUCAAUCGGGAAACAAUGUUCAGGUUUAUCAAACGGUCCAUUCGUACUAGCGAAAGAUUUAAUCGAUAAAGAUAUACCACUUAUUCAAACUUUAGUUCAUCUUUUUCCAAACAGUAACGAAACAUUGGUCAGAAUUAUACUGCCACAUUGUGUUUUUGAUGCCAGUAAUAUUGCCGCUCUUUUUCGUGCUUGGUCUGAUAGCAUGAAUGGCCGAUUGGAUCGAAUUCCUUCUUUCUUACCAAUAUUCCAAGCAUCGAAAUCCAUUCAAGAAUUACCAGAAGAAGUCUUACAAUCUUGCGAUCCAAAACGUCCACCUAUGCCUAAAGGAUAUCGUUAUGGUGAUCUUUCACAGAUCCUCAUGAUGUUGUUCAUGUUGAUUUGGCGUUGGAUAAUGUUACCCUUACUCCGUUUACAAGUUCCAUCAAUGCGUAGAGCUGUCAACAUUUGGGUUCCAAACGAAAUCCUACAAAGUUGGCGUGAAGAAGCACGAAAGGAGGCAUUGACGUAUGGAUAUUGGCAUGACUUCUUUAUUUCGGAUAAUGAUCUUUGUGUGGCUUGGUGUUUAGAAAGAAUGGCGAAAAAGUAUGACAGUCAAUUGGACGGUAAUUUCACUCUAGGCCUAGCGGUCAACGUACGUACACGAAUACCUCAACUUGCUCAAAAGCUUGGAAUUGAUUUACGAGGUCCAUCACAAUCUAGUGCAAUGGCAAAUGCAACAUCCAUCUUUGCACAUAAUGGAGCUUUUUUAUGGAACAGCGGCAUAUUCUCAUGGAAGGAUGUAAGUGAAUGGCCUAAAUGGUCAAUGGCGAUCAAAAUACGCGAAGAAUUGAUUAGAUUACGUCAACCUGAAACAGCAGAUGAAGUUUCACGUAUAAUGGCAGCCAUGCAACAUUGUCACAUCACACCCGGUGCUCCGACCUUACUUCCAAUGAAUCCUUCUACGCUAUUAUGUGCAACGUCUAAUUGGAAACAAGCAGAUCCAAUCGCAGCAAUUGAUUUCUCUUCGGCCGUUCUAGACACAGUUUCAAAACCCUUUCAUAACAAUUGGGCAGCCAAGACUUCACCGGGAAAAGCUUCAGAACUUUCAAUGACGGAGAAAAAGACUGAAAAUCCUGCACCGACUGUUGCGGUGAUUAACGUUUUGACUGAUCGACCAGGUAAAGGUGUUUUGAUCACUGUGGCAUGCGAUGGUAAUUUGAUCAAAGAUCAUACUUUUGGCACGCUUGUUGAUCUGUCGAAAUUGUAA